AUCCUGUUGGGCAAGGAUGGCGUCAGGCCGGCCCUCUGGAGCGCUGUGGACCCCACAGGAAGCUGCACAACAGGAUGACCUGGGCGUUGUUCCUGUGGGUGAGCAUCGUCUGGAGGUUGGGGAAGUCCUGUGCCCAGAAAGCUGGAAAGAGAACGGGACUCAUCUGAGAGGCUGCGCCUGCCGAUGGCACAGACACCCCAUCUUGGUGGUUCAAGGAGCACCAUCGACCUGGGGCCAGGCAGGCCUGGAGCCCUUCCUCUACCCAGGCCCCUCUGCCCUCUCCACUAGCUUUCAGAGGCCGCCUGUGCUCCUUGGCUCGUGGCCCCUCCCUCCACCUUCAAGCCAGGGAAGGAGACGGGCGUCCUCAGCCUGCACUCUGACUGUCCGUCCUCACACCUCUUUCUCCGACUCCCGUCUGCCCUCCACGUCCAGGGCUCCAGGGAUUAGGACACAAGAUCUUGGGAGCCUUGCUUCUGCCUACCACACCCCCACUUUCACUGCGGCCCUCCCUGCUUUGUGCUCAUUUACCUCCACUCUGCCCAUCUCUGACCAGGCAUCCUCGGUCCUCGCACCCCCUGCGCUGGUGGCCAGGCUCAGUUCCGCCUUCACUGCUCUGCUUGCAUCUGCCCACGGCCACAUGCUCCAGGCGCAGCUGGAGACCAGCUGACCCCUAGAAACCACCCAGUGUGGACUGUAGAGGGAGCCAGCAGGUAGGGGGAGAGGUUGGGUGCUGGGGGAGGCCUCUCAGUUUGUGAUCCCAGUUCCAGGCACCCUGAGGGGCCAAAGGGAGCAGGAGCCCAACUGGGAAGGGUCCCCCGGGAGUCGCUUCCUGGUCCCUGAAGCGCUCUGCCUGCUCUCACUGUGCUGCCUGCACUGUGGGCCCCAGGUUGAGCCCUGGUUUACGCAUCCCCACAAGGCGGCACCAGCUGAAAUCCAGGCUCCGAGCAGGUGUUUGGCAACGUGAACUCUAGGACGCCCACCCGCCCCUGUCCCCAGCCCUCGGCACACAGAGACUGAGUCACCUGCAAUGAGAGGACAAGCCUCAGGGCCCACCCCUUUGCAGGAGCCCCUGCCCAGGCCCUGGAAGGACUUGGCACUGUGUUCAAUGGUUUUUGUAGAAUUUGCAAAAGUAGGAUUUAAAAAUUAUUUUUUCUUACAGAGGACCCUACAAUUAUUGAAGUCCUGGGUUAGUCCUCGCCCACAACAUACUGGCUCCACUUGUUUCUAGAACACACCUGCAGUCUUUCACCUCUGGCAUCCUCAACCGCCUCCCCGCCUUGGCUGCCCAGCAUAGCACCUGUCCACAUUCCCUUCACCCUUCGCAGGGACGGCUGUCCCCUGGGAACAGACUGGUCUCUCCUGCACCACACCUUCUCUCCUGGAGGGCCAGGACCUGCUCAUUGUCCAGCUUUCCUCUCCUCUGCUGUGUAGCCUUAAGCAAGUUCUACCACCUGCCUGGCUUCCAUUUCCUCUUCUCUAAAAUGAGGAUGGUCGCCCCUGCGGGCCGGUGUG